UCUCGGGGCGCUUUGAAAUGCACGUUGUCCACGCCGAAUUGACCGAGCUUCGCGCAGGUACAUAUGACGGAUUCAAAUUCACACCACGGAACGUGGUGCCUUGGCUCUUCCGGAAUUACAGAGAGAAUCAAGCAGCCUCGUAUCGUGCAAGACGGCGAAAUAUUUACCUUUGGCAAGACAGUCGAGAAGAACGGCCAGCUCUACCACCCUGAAAAAGUAUCGAUCAAGCUCGUUUACGACGAUGUUUACCCUGACGAAGAAGCCGGGAUUGGGAAUGGAUACGACGACGUCAGUCAAGGCGCCCCUCAUACGAAUCGUUACGGCCUCCUUGACGACGAAAUGUCGGACGUAGAUUCCAUUUAUAACGACAGCGCCGAGCAUACCCCAAGUCAGUUCGUCUCCCAUUUCGCAGACGGAUUCUUGGAUGUUAUUGGCAAUGAUGGCCCUGAAGAACCAUCGAGCGCCCCUCCUUGUAACCCUUGCAGCCCGGGGAGCCCCUCGCCUAUUCUGAGUUCUUCGUGCUAUUCCACUGGGGACGUGGAUCGUCAAGUCGUCCUUUCCAAACCUGUUUCUUCCAUCCGUAACCUUCUCCAUUACGACUACGAUUUGUCCCACGAGCCUUCACCUGCGCCUUCACCAUCUCAGCACGAGGAGGACAUGAUUAUGUCGGGUUCUGAGGCCAGUGAUUCUGAGAGCUCUGAGUCUGAGGAUUCUCUGUUAGAUGACUUUUAUCCGCAGCAACUUGAGGGGCCAUUUAUUUCUGGGAAGGUUGGUGAUAUGAAAGAGAGCCUCAAAGUCGAAGGGGCCUCCACGACGCCGCACACCGAGAAGAGAAUCGCAGAUCUGGAGAAGAAGCUAGCAGAAGUUGCAGCUGACUUGGAAUGCACUUUCCGGGAUAAUCGUAUGGUCAUCCAUGAAAUGGAAGAUGAGCGAAGCGAACUUCUUCACGAGCUUGAACAUCUUCGGGCAGACGCUGUCGAUAUGAAGCUGGAAGACAUCAGCGGCAUUCUUCUUGAUAUUCGUCGUAUUGCGGCUGAACAUCAAACAAAACUCGACACCCAUCUGAAUGCCGUUCAUGAGAAGGAAUUGAUGGUGGCUUCCGCGACGAGUUCUCCUGUCAAGAAAUCUCGCAAACGCGUCAUUGAAGAGGUAGAUUGGGAUGAGGGUUCCGAGGUUGAGGUUGAACCUCAACCCGCUACUAUUCACGUCGAGGCGAGCGCCCAAGCAGACGCCAUCGAGGAACAGGCAUCUCCUGUCUGGGGGAGGAGGACCCCAUCUCCACCUGUGGUUUGUCCGACUCGAUCGAUUCGCUGACAUUGACGGCCCUUCACCUGCUAAACGUGCGCGAAUCGAAAUUGUGAUCCCUUCUGCGGCGGGUGUUCUAGCUGGUGCUGUUGCUGGGGGUAUCCUCACCUGGGCU